GACUGCCUGUUAAAGCCAUCAGGGAUCCUCCCUCCAGCAGCUUCGCUUUGCGAUCUAAAGGGCCCAGCUCAAAAUGUCUGACACAGAAGAAGUGUACGAAGAACAUCAAGAACAUGAAGAGGAAGAACAUCAUGAACAUGAAGAGGGAGAACAUCAUGAACAUCACGAGGGAGAACAUCAUGAACAUCACGAGGGAGAACAUCAUGAACAUCACGAGGGAGAACAUCAUGAACAUGAAGAGGGAGAAGAGUUUGCUGAAGAAGAAGUGCACCAUGAAGAAGAGGAAAAGCCAAAGAUAAAACUGACUGCCCCCAAAAUCCCAGAGGGAGAGAAAGUUGACUUUGAUGACAUCCAGAAGAAGCGCCAGAACAAAGAUCUGAUUGAGCUGCAGGCCCUGAUUGAUCUUCAUUUCGAGAACAGGAAGAAGGAGGAAGAGGAACUGAUUGCUCUGAAAGAGAGGAUUGAAAAACGCAGAGCAGAAAGAGCUGAACAGCAAAGAAUUCGCGCUGAGAAGGAGAAGGAGCGACAGGCCAAGCAGGCGGAGGAAAAAGCAAGAAAGGAGGAGGAUGAUGCCAGGAGGAGGGCUGAUGAUGAUGCCAAGAAGAAGAAGGCUCUAAGCAGCAUUGGUGUUCAAUACAGCAGCUACCUUGCCAAGGCUGACCAGAAGAGAGGCAAGAAGCAGACUGAAAGGGAAAAGAAGAGGAAAAUCCUAGCUGAGAGACGCAAGGCACUCAACAUUGACCAUCUUAAUGAAGACAAGCUUAAGGAAAAAGCCAAGGAACUACAUGACUGGCUGUGGGAGCUAGAAUCUGAAAAAUUUGACAUGGCUGAAAAACUGAAGAGGCAGAAGUAUGAGAUUACUACAGCCAGAAAUCGCAUUGAUGAACUUCAAAAGCACAGCAAGAAGGGUGCUGGCAAGGGCAAAGUUGGUGGCCGUUGGAAGUAAGCGGUUGAAGCAGGACCCUCCAUUGCAGCAUGACCUUCCUGCAUUGCCUCAAGCUUGGAUUCUUAUUCGGCAUAUCUCAAGUGGCAAACAACUUAUAGCACUAUUAAGUCCAAAGCUUAGAAACAAUCCACUGAGCUAUCUUACUCUAAUGUUGCACAUUGGAUCUAUGGCAAUUAUCCCCUUUAUUUACUGUGUUAAUAUAGUGCCUAUCCUCCUCUAUUACAAACAACUGUCUUAACAUUCUUGUUUUUGUAAAUAAAGUGUGGCAUCUAAUUGA